CUCACAACGAAAGCCAACAUCGAUCUAAGUUUUUCCUUUCUCCAUUACUGUCUAUAAUCCAUUAAUGGCGCUUCGUCGAACCUUAGCGAAGCGUUUAUUGAACGGCCGUACGGUUACAUCUCUUGAGGUUGCUUUAGAACAUGGAACCAUAUCACCUCCCUCGCUCAAAAACAUACUGCCACAAAAUGCGGCCAGAAUCAACUUCCACCGCGAGUACCUCAGCUUGUCCGGUUUCGUCGAGAGAAGCUUUUUCCGGCGGUACUACCACCGUAAAAGCAGCAAUCAACCUGUUCCCGCCGAAGCUUUCCCUUUCGGAGAUAAACUGAGAGAAAAACUCCGAGCUGUUGACAUGAACGGAGAUCAACUCCGGUUGGAGGGAUGGAUCUCUCCUCCGGCGAUAGAUCCAGUGGCUGGUGAUUCUUUUCGAAAAUUUUCCUCUGAAGAUGCGAGAAAUUUGUUAAGGAUCUCUGUGAUGGAGAAGUUAAAAGUGAAGCUCAAGAAGAUUCCAGAGAAUUCGAUUUCCUACUCUGAGUUCCUUCAGAUCUGUGUUGAAGCGUGCGGAAACGAGGAGCAGGGAUUUGAAUUUUCUAAAAUGUUAGAUGAAUCUGGAAACGUCAUCGUCUUAGGCAGCGUAGUUUUCCUCCGGCCAGAGCAGAAUCGCGUUGUACAGGUGGCAAGAUUAAUUGAGACCAUAAUUUCCCAAUCUGUAGGCCUCCCGAAUGACCCAAGAAGAAGAGAGUUGGAUCAAAUGGAGCAGCAAAAGGCCAUGAUAGACCAAAAGGCCAAGGCACUGGUCCGUGGAGAGCUCUGGUGUGGGCUAGGCUUCUUGGUGGUCCAGACACUCGGGGCCAUGAGGCUCACGUUUUGGGAACUAAGCUGGGACGUGAUGGAGCCAAUUUGCUUCUUCAUCACCUCCCUUCACUUCGCCUUUGGCUAUGCUUUCUUCCUCCGGACGUCCACAGAACCCUCCUUUGAAGGGUUCUUCCGACGCCGGUUCAAGGCCAAACAGGAAAAGCUCAUGAAGAUCCAUAACUUCGACGUCGAGAAAUAUAACAACCUCCGUCAAGCGUUUUAUCCAAACUGCUACUUCAUCUAAGAAACGAAUGGUAGAAAAUGGAAGAAAUUUUUUAAAAUUUCAUUGAAGUUACUAUAAAUUAGAGGUGGAGGAAUCCGUCUUUAGAACUUGGAAGAAACCACCAGUUUCAUGUUCGAUUUUGACGCAUGAAGGAAACAGCUGUCUGUAAAGAAUAGAGGACCUUCACGGUUGUGGUGAAUUAAUUAAAAUGGACAGAGUCAGUUUUUUCGGCCAGAGCUUGACUUCGAUGUCCUCUUGGAAAUAGCAAUUUACUCCGAAACCUAUAGGGUUAUUUAUUCGGCGAACCUUGUGAUAGGGAUGGGGAUUUAGAAAACAUUUCUUAUGUAAAGCAGAGAUUGAGAUAAUUUUUUCUUGUAAAAUUUUAUGAAGAAUUUUUUUGUUUUACGAGUUUUUGUUAGUAUUCAUAUAUAAUAAACAAUAUAAAUUUAU